GCCAGGCGGGGCCCAGAGGCGCCGCCCGCUGUGUCCAGCGCACGCCGCUCCCUCGCGCCGCUGCCCGCUGCCCGCUGCUCGGCUGCGCGGAGGAGGCGCCCGGCCGGCCGAGGUCCCACAGGGGAGGGCAGCGCACCCCGCCCCUGCACGCCCAGCACAGGCUCCCGCCGGCUCCCGUGACUCCGCCACGGUCAGCGGAGCCCAGGCGCGGUCCGGCCUCGAGCGCCCUGGCGCCCGAGUUCUGCGGAUCAGGAGCUGGACUUGGACAGAGCACCUUCUCUGCCUCUAAGCCCUGCCUCCUUCUCCAGGACAGAGUUCAGGCAUUUUGCAUUUUGCUCUGGAGGGAAAGAAGCAGAUGAUGAGAAUGGGAUUCAUAGUAGAAUAUCUCCACAGAGUUGUUUAACUUGGCUUAACUGAAAGACCACUGGGAAUGGACUUAGCCUGGGGCCUGGCCUGACUCAGCUCCAUGGGAAAGGAUCUAGGCAUUCUAGGACUUGAAGCUCCUUCAGUUUGGGAGGCCCUCUCUAAGAAGGAAUGCAAAGUCGCAAAUACAGUAUCAGUGCCAGCUAUGCAGGGACGGACUGUCUGGACCAUUCGGACCUUCUUUGGGGUUAUUCAGCGUUGCCAUUUGGGGCGAGGCACGUCCCUUCAUAUUUGUGGCCACUUGAAGCUACUGCAGAUCAUUCUGGGGCACUGACCGGUGUGAGAAGGGAGUCAGAGGAGAAAAUAAUGAAUGUCAAAGGAAAAGUAAUUCUGUUAAUGCUGGUUAUUUCAACUGCAGUUGUUGUGGUUUUGGAAUACAUCAACAGCUCAGAAGACGCUUUCUUGUGGAUCUAUCCCUCCAAAAACCCAGAAGUUGAUAACAACAGCAGUCAGAAGAGCUGGUGGUUUCUGAACUGGUUUAAGGAUAGGACCCACGAUUAUCAAGAGGAAGAAAUCAGCAUAGAAGAAGGGACAAAAGGAGAGCUUCAGCUAUCAGACUGGUUUGAUCCAACGAAACGCCCGGAGGUUGUGACGGUGACUGGAUGGCAGGCGCCAGUUGUAUGGGAAGACACUUAUGACGCAGCCGUGCUGGAAAGAUACUAUGCCAGACGUAGAAUCACUGUGGGCUUGACGGUUUUUGCUACUGGAAGAUACAUUGAUCAUUACUUGGAGGAGUUCAUAAUAUCUGCUAACAAGUACUUCAUGGCUGGUCACAAGGUCAUAUUUUACAUCAUGGUGGAUGAUGUCUCCAGGAUGCCUUUGAUAGAGCUGGGUCCCCGGCGUUCCUUCAAAGUGUUUGAGAUCAAGCCUGAGAAGAGGUGGCAGGACAUCAGCAUGAUGCGCAUGAAGACGAUCGCGGAGCACAUUUUGGCCCACAUCCAGCAUGAGGUCGACUUCCUCUUCUGCAUGGAUGUGGACCAGGUCUUCCAAGACAAUUUUGGUGUGGAGACUCUGGGCCAGCUGGUGGCUCAGCUACAGGCCUGGUGGUACAAGGCAGACCCCAAGGAGUUUACCUAUGAGAGGCGGGAAGAGUCAGCAGCGUACAUUCCCUUUGGACAGGGGGAUUUUUAUUACCAUGCAGCCAUUUUUGGAGGAACACCAAGUCAAGUUCUCAACCUCACCCAGGCAUGCUUUAAAGGAAUCCUCCAAGACAAGAAAAAUAACAUAGAAGCUACGUGGCAUGAUGAAAGCCAUCUGAACAAGUAUUUCCUUCUCAACAAACCCACUAAAAUCUUAUCCCCAGAAUACUGCUGGGAUUAUCACAUAGGUCUGCCUGCCGAUAUUAGAAAUGUCAAACUAUCUUGGCAGACAAAAGAAUACAAUUUGGUGAGGAAUAAUGUCUGACUUCAAAUUGUGCCAGUAGGUUUUCUGAACUGGAGACAGUAUUAUUCUGGCUAACUCCUCAGAAAAGUAAUUUUAGCUUUUAAAAAAUACUAACAAAUUAUCAACCUGGCAGUAUGUACUAUCCCUCCUUGUAACUUUGAGCCUUGAAUUACGGGAGAGUGCAUCUAUGGCAAUCAGAUAUAAGUUCCCGGCAUUGUCUUCUGUACUCUGGGUUUAGAGGAAAUACUGUUAGCUGAACCAAAAAGAAUUUGCCACAGGCAAAGAAAAAGCCAGAACAUUCUGCACGUCAGAUAACACAUUGCAUAACAGGGUGCUAAAGGAAAUGUUUAGUAACAGGAUGCUGCAGUGAGAGGCACGGUCCCCUUGAUUCAGUGUCUUUCUGGUUUUGAUGGGUCUAAAGCGAUGAGUUAAUGAGUUGUUGUACAGCAGGAAAACUACCAGCAGGAUGCCUUCUCCUUUGGAAAUCCUCAAAGGCCUCCAAGCUGAUUGCCUCAGGCUAUUUGUAGUUCGUUUCCUCCCCUCGGCUGGAUAUUGUUUGGCUUCUGGGCGAAAGAUCCGGUGGAGAUUCCCAGUGGAUGUCCUGGUGGUGCGCAUUCAGAGACCCAGGGAAUCUGAGCAGGCCAGUGGGUGCUCUGCUUGACGUGAAAACAAAUUAGUGCUGGGAUGAAACAGCAAAGUGAGUGGAAAGAGGGCCUGACCACUGUAGGGGACACAGGACACAGAGUGUUGGUGCUUAAAUUAUACUGUGGUCACAGGAGCUGAAAGGGACACAGUGUGGGAGGUCUCCAGCCUCCUUGACUCCAUGACUAACAGCAGGACCUGGCUGGGAGGAGCCCACAGACUAGUGCGUCUUCACCUUCGAGACAAGUGGGUGAUGUCAGAGACAGGGAAGGGUCAGAGGGGAUUGAACAGGCCUGCCAAGACGGACCUGGGCUUUGCAUUAGCUGGUCCCACCGAACGUUCUAGACCUCAGGCUCCUUCAGCCCAUCAUGUCCCAACCUGGAGGGCUGACAUCAAGAAGGGGACUGAAGAAAAAGCCCUCCUGGCACAUAACCUCUGGUUUCCCCCUGCUCCAUCUGCACUAUGGACUUUGGUGUGUUUGACAACGUGAUUAUGAAUUUUAUAACAAAGGUAUGAGUGGAUGGCAACGGGAGACCCAGUCAUCGUGAGUGAACAGCUGAACUCUCAGUUCCCUUCUCUAAGAGAAGCGGUGACGUGGAUUAUAAUUAAACAAAUCAAUGUAGAGGAAGUUCGAAGGCAAUAUUUACACAUGCGUAUAUAUUUAUAUUUUGCUUGUGUUCCAGUUUAAGUCAUUUGCUGCCAUUUUUAAGCAAUUUAUUUAAAGAGACUGGUCUGGUUUGAUGGGCAGCACAAAGGGCUUCUUGGGUAAAACGAAACCUACAUUUCCUCCAUCGUCUUGCAGUACCUCCUGUUCUUCAGCGGGGGGCCCCAUCGCCACCAAAAAAAGCCCCACGUAGCCAAAAAAACAAAAAUUCUGACAUCAGUUAAGAUUCACGCUUCUUUAUUAAAGGUGUGUUGGACCCAGACUAGAGUAGGGGUAGUUUAAAAGUUCAAGCCCUGAACCAAAGAAAUGACCUAUCCUGAAAGCUUGGAGAUAGGGGCUGAAAUAAUUUUGAAGGAAUUUCUUGAUUUUUUAAAAAAAAGUCAUUUAAAUUUAAAUCCUCAAUGGAUCAAUUCAAGAUUUUGUUUAAUAACAGUUUUUAAAUAAAAUUUCUGAUUUACAAUCAAACGAA